GCUCCUUCCUUCCUCCUUUCCUUUUCUCCCUCCCUCUUUCCGCGGGCCGGGGCCGUGCGGCGGCGGGCGCGGCCCCUGCCCGGGGAGGCGGUGGGCGGCCGGGAGCCCCCGCCUCGAUCUGGAUGCCCAUCGCAGCUGCUCGGGCCGCGGGGUUGCGGCGGCUCCCCGGCGUGGGUCGCGGGGCAGGAUGCCGGUGCUGGAGCGCUUCUUCCCCGCGGCAGAGCCGGGCAGGCGAAGGAGGACGGGGGAAGAGCCUAUGCCCUUUCCCAUGGGCAGCUUGCCCGGUUAUCAGCAGGGGACUCUGACCUGGGACUUGCCCGAGAUGAUCAAGAUGGUUAAGCUCGUUUGGAAAUCCAAGGGAGAGCUUCGCGGGGCGAAGCACAGAGGCGUUCCGGAGAGCGAGGAUGCACUAGGCUGUUCGGGAGGAGAUGCACGGGUGAGAGGUCAGACAGGGGUUCUCUCCGAGCGCCGUGGCUCCUACCCGUUUAUAGACUUCCGUCUUCUUAACAAUACUUCACUCUCAGGGGAAAUUGGCACUAAGAAAAAAGUGAAAAGACUGUUAAGUUUCCAGAGGUAUUUCCAUGCAUCCCGGUUACUGCGUGGAAUUGUACCGCAAGCCUCUCUGUACCUACUGGAUGAGGACUACCUUGGGCAAGCGAGGCAUAUGCUAUCCAAAGUGGGAAUGUGGGAUUUUGACAUUUUCUUAUUUGAUCGCUUGACAAAUGGAAACAGUCUUGUAACACUGCUUUGUCACCUCUUCAAUGUGCAUGGACUUAUUCACCAUUUCCAGUUAGAUAUGGUUACAUUACACAGAUUUUUAGUUAUGGUUCAAGAAGAUUACCAUAGCCAAAACCCAUACCACAACGCUGUCCAUGCUGCUGACGUCACACAAGCUAUGCACUGCUAUCUGAGGGAGCCCAAGCUUGCCAACUUCCUCACUCCGUCGGACAUCAUGCUCGGACUGCUUGCUGCUGCAGCUCAUGACGUGGAUCAUCCAGGGGUCAACCAACCCUUCCUGAUCAAAACUAAACACCACCUUGCCAGCCUGUACCAGAACGUUUCAGUGCUAGAAAAUCACCACUGGCGAUCUACAGUAGGCAUGCUCCGAGAGUCACGGCUCCUCGCCCAUCUGCCCAAGGAGGUGACACAGGACAUCGAGCAGCAGUUGGGCUCCUUGAUCUUGGCAACAGACAUCAACAGGCAGAAUGAGUUUUUAAUCCGUCUGAAGUCUCACCUUGACAAUCAGGACUUGAGGCUGGAGGAUGCCCAAGACAGACAUUUUAUGCUUCAGAUUGCACUCAAGUGCGCUGACAUUUGCAACCCUUGCCGGCUCUGGGAUCUGAGCAAACAGUGGAGCGAACGGGUCUGCGAAGAGUUUUACCGGCAAGGUGACCUGGAACAAAAAUUUGAACUGGAAAUAAGCCCCCUUUGUAAUCAGCAGAAGGAUACAAUACCAAGCAUACAGAUUGGGUUCAUGACGUACAUCGUAGAGCCGCUCUUUGAGAGGUGGGCACAGUUUACAGGCGAUACCCCCCUGUCUGGAAAUAUGCUAAACCAUCUCAGGAGGAACAAGGCCAAGUGGAGGAGUUUGCUCCACAAGCAACACGGCAGUAGUAGGAGCAAUGACCACUCAGGUCAAGUGACUGGCAGCCAAGAACAGACUUUAACUAAAGAGGAGACUCCAUAGUGGCAGCUUUGCACUUUUCCUUAUAGCACUGCUAUCUCCGUCUUGAUUGCAGCCGCAAAUAAAAUCCGGGGGAGCUCAGAGCCUGUUGUCAAGGCUGUGGAAAGGGAAGAAAUGGCAGAGCAGAAGCUGUCAGCUUCCUCACGAACAAGCCCACAGUUCUGCUGGUUUCCUUUCUGGAUCUUCUUCAUGUUCCUCUCCCCCAUUUUCAUUCUGCACAUGCCUGAUGCCCUUCUGAUCGUGAACUGCCUGAACACAGAGCCCCAGACAGCCAGUAUUGAAGCCAGGCUGGUUACAGCUGCCAUGAAGCAGGGAAGAUUACUGAGAGAACAGGGGAGACAGAGGCACCCCUGGCUAUAUAUUCAUUUACCACGAGUCAUACUGUGACAUAUGUAUAUAGGCCCAGAGCACCGUACACCUUCCAGGAGGGCAGCUGGGCUGCACAUUAAACCACCAGCAUCUUCAGCAUCCAGAGUGAGACCGUGCUCGCACAAGGCAGAGAGAGUCUGGUUAUUUUAGUAAUUGAAACAAAAACCUUUUUAACUUUUGUAUUCUGUGCACUAAAGAACAGAUCUAUAAACCUUGGACUGAAGUUACUCCUCCAUGUACACAACUCCAGUGUAACAAGGCUCAUUUUGGUAAUCAUUUUUAUGCCACUUUGGAUAAAAGAUGGGCAUCUUCUCAUUGCAAGGAACAGCAUUCCCUGACAACCAAAAGGGAAGGUGUUGUACAGUCUAAACCUUUGAAACACACGCAGAUCUAUCUUUUGAGUACUGUUUCAAGUAACGUGUUUAUAUUCAUAUGUGUACAUUUUCUGUAAAUACAAAGCGCUACUGAUUCCCAUGCCAAAAUACUGGAGUACUGUGGGAUUGCUACCUGUAAAAACAUUGGCACUGUGAACAGAAUACUGUUAGUUUUAAUACAAGAGAAAGCAUUUGUAAAUAUGGUAUAGAGUUUAUUAAUAUACACCGUUGUUUGUGGAUAAAAGCCUUAACUUUAAGCAUCCUUCAUCUUCUGAUAGCUGCCAAAAUCAUACAAUCACAAGAUAAGAUUCUGAACUGCCUUUCCACUAUCCAAGGUGUAUCAAAGGUCAUUAAGGAAUGAAGUCUGGCAGGAUAACUUCUUGAAAACUUCAAACACAUUCCAUAUGGGUCAGUGUUGUUAAUCCAUGGCACCUUGCAUAUUCGGUCUAGGCAAAUGUCUCAGAGAGCCUGAAGUUUUAAAUUAAGAAAAAAACCCCAAAACCCACAGCAACACCACUUAAUUUGACAGUUCAGCCUGAUUACCAUUUAUUCAAGAGUGGGAUUUUUUAUUAAAUAGCUUAGUGAUCUGCAAAGCACAACACACUCAAUAGUUCUGGAGUCCAGUUGUAUUCUACAGUGAUGUUGCAGUGUACCUGUUUUUUUUUCCCCACAUUCCCUCCUUUGAUAGCUAGUAUCAAAAUGCAUUUAUAUUUUCCUUUACCUCUAAUAAAAAAAUUCUCCAACUGACUUUGAGGUCAGGAUCACUCAAUGUAGGAAAACAACCUUGUCACACUAUUAAGAAAAAUCCUCGUAACUAUCCUAGUAGUUGAGUGAUUUUCAUUUUCUUUUGUGAAAGACACAUGGCCUUAUCUAUGCCAUAAACAGCUCUUUUUGGGUAGUCUUCAUAAAACUUUACUUAAGCUUCCAUCAUUUCAAUUAGAUUGUAUUCUCAGACACUGCUGUACUGUACCAAAGUAACUGUCCCUUCCUCCUUUGCACCCAGAAAAAAUAACUGCUUUCAGGUAUAGUGUUGUUGUAAACCCAUAGUACAUAAAAUCUGUAUAUCUGUUUUCCAAAAGCACUACCAUAUAUAGCCAUAUAAUCAGGUUUGGAUGACAAUAACUUGGAGAAGCCAGCAAAGAAAGAGCUAUUUAAGUUGGUGUUUGAGAAGGAUAAUAUUUACUCAUAAUGGUGCAAGGGAAGAUGUAAUAGUGGGGUUUUUUUUCUCACUUAGAGGGAAUAUUUCUUCAUUAGACAAAAUGUUAUGCUCAUAAGAUGACUAAUUUGUCUAAAGGAAAUAAAAAGCAUAAGUUUUAGUAAAGGAUCUUUUACUCUUUGCUUGGUCACGUAUCUUCAGAGAAAGAGACGAAAACCCAGUGAAGUGGGAUAGUGGAAAUCACUGUGAGAACUCAAAGCCUCCUGAUAAAGAUGGGUUUGUUCUCUGCUGUUUUCUAAGCCAUAAGCAGUAGAAAACAUUCUUCUUCCUCACUCUUCUAAAUGGGACUCACAUAUUAGAAGUACCAUAACAAGCAAAGAGAGAGUUGUAAUAGAAUAAAAUUACUUCUAACUAUGGAAUAUAAAUGUCGCUUUAACGACAUGAUGCAUCAGGCCAGGAGCAUCACCACUUUGCAGCUUUUUAGGUGUAUCUUUCCUUCUCCGGACAGAUUUAGGACAAUUAUUAGGAUGUUACAGAAGCAGCAUAAAGUGCUGCUUAGAAGCACUUCAGUACAUACAAAGGGAUGUAAUUUCCCUUGUCUUUUUACUAAGAAAUGGAAACCUUUUAUCCAUCUAGUUCAAAGAUAUUUUUUUUAAACGUUCUGAAGUUUAGUUAAACCCAGUGUCUAUCAGCUUGUUAUGCUCGACAGAUACAUUGAUGACUUGUUUCUGAGGAGCUUCCAGAAAAUAGGCCCAAUAGAAAAGUUUAGGUACAAAUCAAGUUCUGUUACAGCUACAAUAAAACCAAGACUUUUUCUGUGACUGGAGCCUAAAGGUCCAUUGCAAGUCUCAUCUUACCAAGUUAAAACUUACCAACUUUGAGAAGCUCUUCUUAAAAUGAAGAGGUUGUGGAGCACGGAAUGUACUUGGUAGAUUACAAUCACUUUGUCUAAUGAAACAAUGCUUGAAAUAGGUUCAAGGUGGCUCCAGAAAUGCUUCUGUACUUGUAAGCCAAGUCCAUUACACAAGUUUGAGUCUGGGCCAUUUUGCCUCGGGUACUCUAGACAAAAGAGUACUGAAGCGUUAGGCUCUGGUAGGAGAUGCCUGGGCAGUCAGAUUCACUGAGGUCUGUAGUGCAAACUGCUACCAUUUGAUCUCCUGUAGAAGCAGCCAGACCAUAUCUGAAACAGCCGAUCCAACAUCCCCAGUGCUCAGUGUGUGCAGCUGUGAUAUGUAUUCAGUAUUCUUUAGUUUGGAGAACUGUUUGUUCUGUACUGGGAUUUCUCCUCAACAGAAUGCAAGGUGCACAGAAGAACAUAGCUACAGAUGGAUAAUACAGAUUCCUGUCAUGUCAGCCCUAUUAGCUACUUGAUAGAAAGCCCUGGUAAAUUAUUUUUCCUUCUUAAUGGGCCAGUGCAGCUAAAAGAUUAUGAAGUUUCUAAACUGAGUUAGGCUUUUGAUACAAGGAAAGAAGCAGAAAAUUGCUAAAAGCAGGAGCUUAAGAUGCUUUUAUGCCCCACAAAUACAAUUCAUUUGAUUAAAAUCUAGUUUCUUUAAAUGCACAUUUCAUACCAUCAGAGGUAAAUUCUGAUGAGCAGAAUUCUGAUUCUGAUGAGUAAUAAUAAUAAAGUGGUGAGAAAUUAAACUUUUAUGUUUGUUAAAGUAACGCAUAUGUAUGAAUUACAUAAAAAGCUUUGGGGUUUUAAGAGUCAAUGUUCCAGCCACUAGCCAAAAGGGGAAAAAAAAAAAAAAAGGACUAUAGAAAAUGCCUACCUUUGAAAUACAGAAAAAGAGAGAGGUGUGGCUGAGACUAAGAAGUAAAAAAACCCACAUGAUCUGCAGUUGUAUCUAACCUAUUGGUUUUCAUGAAGAAACUUAAAGUCUCCCCGAACAAUCAGUGAGAAGGCUACUACCACAAUAAACAAGACAAGCCCGUUUUCACACUGCGUAGCUAUCUCACCAGGUUUUCCAAUCUGUGGAUGAAAUUUCUGUUAAAAGUUUCCAACAAAACAGAGACGGAAUGCAUUCUGUCCCUUCCAAAUGGACUCUCCUCGGAAAGCAGAAAUGCUCAACUAGCUGUAAUUUUCAUUUCAGACGUCAGUCAAGGUACCAGCCAUAAUUGAUAGCCUUACAUUUUAAGUCACUCAGUUCAGUUGUUCAUAAAGUACUUCCAUUCUCCUCCUGACACCACCAUCCCCAUUCAUGUCCCACAAAAAUCACUACUUAAAUUAAAAUCCUGCAAAUCCAAAAGAACUCACUCCGAAUCACAGAACAAAAGUCCAAGGCAAGUUUCAUGCCAUGAAUAUGUAUCCAAAUUACUUUGAUUGGUGCAAAUUAUUAUUCUGUUAUUUGUUUCUAUAAUUCAUCCAAUAUUUUAGGUACAUAAACUUUAAGUGCAGAGCGUUAAGUUUGACUUGGAUGUAAAAUAUAUUCUGCUUAUCUUUGAAUUCAAGAUUGUAUAUGUCAUGUUUAUUGUAAAGCAUUUUAUAUAUACAUAUUCACAUAUCUUAAACAACUCUAUGGGCCAAACACUGGUCCCACCAACUUCGCUGGGACCAAGAAUCAGCCCCCAUAUGUGCGUAUAUAUGCCAUAUGCAUCAUUCUGAAAGGAAGCACUAGAUUGUGUGAAAAUGCUGUGACUGCUAUGCAGUGAUGCCAAGACUUAACCGUAUCUUUUUUAACAUACUGCUGUAAGUAUUCAUCAUGUCAAAG